UGUGUCCAUGUGCCCGGCACGCUGUGGGGCUGCUGGCAGCGGCUCCGGGGCCGGGAUGAGGGUGCUGGGUCAGGCUGGGUGGGCUGCACGGGUUCUGGUGUGUAAUGAGUGUUUGUUUGCUGUCUCUCCCCUGCGAGCCCCCUGCUUUGCUGGGAUUUGCUGGAGCAGGGAAGCAGCGGCGGAGCUCUCCAGGUGCAGGACAGUCAGCAAACGCUGUGGCUUUGCAGGGUGGCACAUGGCACAGCACCAAGUGCAGCCUGGUUUUCCUGAGCCCGGCAGGGCCUGAAGUGGGGCAUUAAUUGACCCCUUCUGGGGGUGAUCAAAACACUGAGAAAUCUCUGUUUGAAAUGAGCUGUAACAGGGGUGCUUUCCACUCGCUGUGUCGGGCAUGGAAUUUGGCUUGGAGAUCUGGACGUUACAAUCAGGGAGAUCUGUGCAAUCAUCUUGGAUGUGUUUUGGCAGGGCAUCACUGAGCUCAUUUUCCUCCUUUAUUCCUAUCUGGGAAUCCUAGGAUCUUUGAUUUGCAGCAAGCUGAGGCAGGAAAUAUGAUCUUUAUAAAUAUUUAUGGCUGUCAGCCAUUUUAUAGUUCUGGAUUACCCCUGGAAAAAAUAUAAAGAUGUUUUCUCAUCAUCUGUCAAAUGAACAAUCGUGUGUGGCUGGAGGCCUUGGGAUUCUCCUUUGGGAAUAGAAAUGCUGGUGCUGUAGGAUGGCAGGCUGGGCUGAACAGGGAUCCUGGAGAGCAGGAUCAGGCUCCAAACUGCACCUGCCUGGUCUGGAGAUCACAGGGGCUGUGCCUGGGGGACUGCGGGUGCCGUCAGGGUCUUGCUGGGGGCACCAGGACUUGGAGCCCCUCUGUCAUUGCAGCUCUGUGCUUGCUCUGUGCCUCAGGGUCUGGUUCCUGGUGCUCCAUGACAAGCUUUGAGCUGGGAGAGGGUUCCCAGGACAGCUCAAAGUCGCUGGUCUGGGCAGUUAUUCCAGGAGAGUGAGCAUGGAAUGUGCCUGAUCUCAUCUUCUUGCAGCAAAUGCUUCUCAGGGUGUUCUAUUAGCUUGGUCGAGCUCUCCUUCAUUAAUACUUUUCUUUAGAACAGCUGUAUCUUUUAUCUUUAGGAAAGAUUAUGGUAGAUAGGCCAAAAAAAAAGACAAGGAAUAACCAGUGAGAUGCUGCUGCCUGCAGCACGGAGACAGGAAUGGUUGGGGUGCUUCUGGGAGAGGUGGUCAUUCCUGGGGGAACAAACCCAGCUCCUGCUCUGGGCUGCAGGUGGGACUUGCUCAGGUGACUGGAAUGAGGCCUCUGUUUGUUCCUGGGGUAGCUCUUGUGUCCUUGGAGCAGCACCAGCCCGGUGGCAGGAGGAGUUCCAGGCACUUCAGUGUUCCCCGUGCUCCACCUGCUCCUGUUGUGGUCAGGAUGGUUUAUUCAAGGAGAUUCUGAUCCAUCAGAUUGAGGGAACAGCAUCUAGGAUUUCCAGUGGGGAUAUUUUAGUGGGGAAGUCUCUGGAAGCCCUGAUACUAAUUCUGUAUUUCCAAGCUUCUGGUCUCAGAAAUGCUGUUAAAACCAGAGAUCCCUCAUGGAAAACGUGCCCUGUUUUCCUCCCAGUGCAGCUGGGGCUCACGGCCUGUGUACUCAGCAUUUGGAAGAGCUUUGGAGAACUCCACCUUUUUUUGUCCCAAGUGAAGCGAGGAGCUGUUUUAAGUGGGUUAUUUUGUGGUGGUUGUCAGUUCUGUACAUGACUCAUCUUGUUUUCCUGCAGCUGUGGCAGUCUGGGAGAUGGGCUUGGGAAGACUUCACAGCUCUUUUCCCUUCCUGCCUCAGAUGAUGGGGCAGAGGGCAGCUCUUUGAAUUCCUUAUUUUUCCCAUCUGGAGACACCUUUGCCCCCGUGAUAUCUGCAAGCUAAAUAUGCUCAGGCUUUUCCUCAUAUAAUGGAGGAGGGAUGAACGGCACGAGCACCAUGAUGGAUUUCCUGGAGGAGCCUCUUCCUGGCGUGGGCACCUACGAAGAUUUUAACACGAUAGACUGGGUGCGAGAGAAGUCCAGGGAUCGGGACAGGCACAGGGAGAUCACCAACAGAAGCAAAGAGUCCACCUGGGCACUGCUGCACAGCGUGAGUGAUGCCUUCUCUGGCUGGCUCUUGAUGCUCCUCAUUGGUUUGUUGGCAGGUUCCUUGGCGGGUCUGAUCGACAUCUCUGCCCACUGGAUGACGGAUCUGAAGGAAGGAGUUUGUUUGGCAGGGUUCUGGUUCAACCAUGAGCACUGCUGCUGGAAGUCCAACACCACUUUCACCGACAGGGACAAGUGUCCUGAGUGGAAGAGCUGGUCCCAGCUCAUCCUUGGCCAUGGAGAGGGGGCCUUUGCGUAUAUCCUCAACUAUUUCAUGUACGUUAUCUGGGCCUUGAUGUUCUCCCUCCUUGCUGUGCUCCUUGUGAAGGGCUUUGCUCCCUAUGCCUGUGGCUCAGGGAUCCCAGAGAUCAAAACUAUCUUAAGUGGUUUCAUCAUUAGAGGCUACCUGGGCAAGUGGACGCUGGUCAUCAAAACCAUCACCCUCGUGCUGGCCGUGUCCUCGGGGCUGAGCCUGGGCAAGGAGGGGCCCCUGGUCCACGUCGCCUGCUGCUGUGGGAACAUCCUGUGCCACCUCUUCACCAAGUACCGCAAGAACGAGGCCAAGCGCAGGGAGGUGCUGUCAGCAGCGGCUGCCGCCGGCGUGUCCGUGGCUUUUGGAGCUCCCAUCGGAGGAGUGCUCUUCAGCCUGGAGGAGGUGAGUUACUACUUCCCCCUGAAGACCCUCUGGCGCUCCUUCUUCGCCGCGCUGGUCGCUGCGUUCACCCUGCGCUCCAUCAACCCCUUCGGCAACAGCCGCCUCGUGCUCUUCUACGUGGAGUUCCACAUGCCAUGGCAUCUGCUGGAGCUGGUGCCCUUCAUCCUGCUGGGAAUAUUUGGUGGGCUCUGGGGAGCUUUCUUCAUCCGCAGCAACAUCGCCUGGUGCAGGCGGCGCAAGACGACGCGGCUGGGCAAGUACCCGGUGCUGGAGGUGUUUGUGGUGACGGCCAUCACGGCCAUCCUGGCCUUCCCCAACGAGUACACCAGGAUGAGCACCAGUGAGCUGAUUUCGGAGCUCUUCAACGACUGUGGGAUUUUGGACUCGUCCCAGCUCUGCGAGUACGUGAAUGAUUUCAACAGCACCAAGGGGGACGAUCUGCCCGACCGCGCCGCCGGCCCCGGCGUGUACACGGCCAUGUGGCAGCUGGCACUGGCCCUCAUCAUGAAGGUCUUCAUCACCAUCUUCACCUUUGGCAUGAAGGUGCCCUCGGGGCUCUUCAUCCCCAGCAUGGCCGUGGGGGCCAUCGCGGGCCGGCUGCUGGGGGUGGCCGUGGAGCAGUUGGCCUUCUACCACCACGACUGGGCCAUCUUCAGCGGCUGGUGCAGCCAGGGGGCCGACUGCAUCACCCCCGGCCUCUACGCCAUGGUGGGCGCCGCCGCCUGUCUGGGGGGCGUGACCCGCAUGACCGUGUCGCUGGUGGUCAUCAUGUUCGAGCUCACCGGGGGGCUGGAGUACAUCGUGCCCCUGAUGGCCGCAGCCAUGACCAGCAAGUGGGUGGCCGAUGCCAUCGGCCGGGAGGGCAUCUACGACGCCCACAUCCGCCUGAACGGAUACCCCUUCCUGGAGGCCAAGGAGGAGUUCUCGCACAAGACGCGGGCCAUGGACGUGAUGCGGCCGCGCAAGAACGACCCUCCCCUGACGGUCAUCACGCAGGACAGCAUGACCGUGGAGGACGUGGAGACCAUCGUCACCAAAACCACCUACAGCGGCUACCCCGUGGUGGUGUCCCGGGCGUCCCAGCGCCUGGUCGGGUUUGUCCUCCGGAGAGACCUCAUCAUUUCCAUCGAAAACGCCCGGAAGAAGCAGGAUGGGAUCGUGAGCACCUCAGUUAUUUGUUUCACUGACUACUGUCCCCCCCUGCCUCCGAGCUCCCCGUCUGUGCUGAAACUCAGGAGCAUCCUGGACCUCAGUCCCUUCACGGUGACGGACGAGACGCCCAUGGAAAUCGUGGUGGACAUAUUCCGCAAGCUGGGGCUGCGCCAGUGCCUGGUCACUCACAACGGGAAGCUGCUGGGGAUCAUUACGAAAAAGGAUGUACUAAAGCACAUUGCACAGAUGGCCAACCAGGACCCCAACUCCAUCCUCUUCAACUAGAGGCAGACUGUAGGGAUUGUGUGUCACACACACCUGGAACUUUCUAGCCCAUCCUGGGUAGACUUUCCUAUUUUUACUGAGACCACAGAACUGUUUCCAGCGUUUUCCUCCAUGGAGUGAAGAUAUUUUUUUUUUUUUCUACCAGAUAACCAAUUGCACUACGGAAUCUGUGGAACAUGAUCUUCUUUUUAGAAGAAAAAAAAGAGACUUUAUUUACGUUGCUUUUGUGAAGUUGCAUUGGAAAGAUUCCAUGAAGGAGUAAAAGCAGAAUGUUAGAGAA